ACUUCCGGCCGGAGCCAAGAUGGCGGCGGCACAACCGCGGGCACCGGAGCAACAGCGGCGGCGGCGGCUCUAGGCGCGCUGAGGAACGGGCGCGACGGGCCGUGGGCUCAUGUAAUCAAAGAAGUUUCUUUGUUGUGUGUAUCUUUACAGAACACAACAGGAAUUGAAAAUGAACCAGACCACUACCGAGCCUGUGGCAGCCACGGAGACUCUGGGCGAGGUACCUGAACAUGUGUUUCGAGGACUUCCUGAGGAAGUGAGGCUUUUACCAUCUGCUGUUGACAAAACCCGGAUUGGUGUCUGGGCCACUAAACCAAUUUUAAAAGGGAAAAAGUUUGGGCCAUUUGUUGGUGAUAAGAAAAAAAGAUCUCAGGUUAAGAAUAAUGUGUACAUGUGGGAGGUGUACUACCCAAAUUUGGGGUGGAUGUGCAUUGAUGCCACCGAUCCAGACAAGGGCAACUGGCUGCGAUAUGUGAACUGGGCUUGCUCAGGAGAAGAGCAAAAUUUAUUUCCGCUGGAAAUCAACAGAGCCAUUUACUAUAAAACCUUAAAGCCAAUCGCGCCGGGUGAGGAGCUCCUGGUCUGGUACAAUGGGGAAGACAACCCCGAGAUAGCAGCUGCGAUUGAGGAAGAGCGAGCCAGCGCCCGGAGCAAGCGGAGCUCUCCGAAGAGCCGCAAAGGGAAGAAGAAAUCUCAAGAAAAUAAAAACAAGGGCAGCAGGACUCAAGACAGACAGCAGGAGAGUAGAGAGCCGGACCCUCCCUCUGCAAGUAUGAGAGACUCUGCGGAAGGUCCGAAAGAAGAGGAAGAGAGGCGUUUGCCUUUAGCACCUGAGCAGCCACUCCUUCUCGUGGAGGUAGUGAGCCAGGAUGCAGUUCCACAAGUGGCCAUCCCUCUCCCUGCCUGGGAGCCACGGCCAGGGCCAGAGCCAGACAGGAAGCAAGAAGUCACAGAUUGUGAGGUCAAUGAUGUGGAGGAAGAAGAGGAGGAAGAUGAGGAGGAGGAGGAGGAGGACGAGGACGAGGAGGAGGAGGACGAGGAGGAGGAGUUGGAGCUGGAAGAAGAGGGGGAGGAAGAAGCCGACAUGCCCGGUGAAAGUUCUGUGAAAGAACUAGAGAUUCGAUGUGAAGAAAAGCCAGAGGAUUUAUUAGAAGAACCAAAAAUCACUUCAAAUGAAACUUCUGAAGACUCUCCAGAUGUGACACCUCUUCUCCACAUCCCCAGAACUAAAGAGGAGGCCAAUGGUGACAUGUUUGAAACGUUUAUGUUUCCAUGUCAGCAUUGUGAAAGGAAAUUUGCUACUAAGCAGGGCCUUGAACGUCACAUGCAUAUCCACAUGUCUACCAUCAAUCAUGCUUUCAAGUGCAAGUACUGUGGGAAGGCGUUUGGCACACAGAUUAACAGGAGGCGGCAUGAGCGUCGCCAUGAAGCAGGCUUAAAGAGGAAGCCCAGCAUGACGCUACAGCCCUCAGAGGACCCAGCCGAAGGCAGAGUUUCUGGAGAAAACAUGGCGUCUAAAGAGGAAUCAAAUCCUCCCCAGCUGGGGCAAGACUGUCUGAUUUUGAAUUCAGAGAAAACCUCCCAGGAAGCAUUAAGUUCUUCUGCUAUGGAAGAGAAUGGGGAAAUUAAAGAACUUCACCCAUGUAAAUAUUGUAAAAAGGUUUUUGGAACUCAUACUAAUAUGAGACGGCAUCAGCGCAGAGUUCAUGAACGCCACCUGAUUCCCAAAGGUGUCCGGCGGAAAGGAGGGCUUCUGGAAGAGCCGCAGCCACCAGCAGAGCAGGCUCAACCCACCCAGAAUGUCUAUGUACCAAGCACAGAGCCAGAGGAGGAAGGGGAAGCAGAUGACGUGUACAUCAUGGACAUUUCUAGCAAUAUCUCUGAGAACUUAAAUUACUACAUUGAUGGUAAGAUUCAGACCAACAGUAGCACUAGUAAUUGUGAUGUGAUUGAGAUGGAGUCCAAUUCAGCAGACUUGUACGGCAUCAAUUGUCUGCUCGCUCCAGUAACUGUGGAGAUUACACAAAAUAUAAAGACCACCCAGGUCCCCAUCACAGAUGAUCACCCUAAAGAAUCUCCCAGUGGUGCAAAUGGCGAGUCCAAGAAACGGAGGACUGCGAGUCCACCUGUGCUCCCCCAAAUUAAAGCUGAAGCAGAUUCGGAGUCCUCCGCACCCUCCUGUUCCUUAAGUCUGCCUCUUGGCAUGUCAACCGCAGAGGCAACUUCUUUCCAUAAAGAGAAAAGUGUCUAUUUGUCGUCAAAGCUCAAGCAGCUGCUUCAGACCCAGGACAAGCCGACUCCUACGGGGAUCACAGCAGCGGAGAUUCCUAAGUUAGGGCCUGUGUGUGUGUCUGCUCCUGCAUCCAUGCUACCUGUGACCUCUAGUAGAUUUAAGAGGCGGACCAGCUCUCCGCCCAGUUCUCCACAGCACAGCCCUGCCCUUCGAGACUUUGGGAAACCUAGUGAUGGAAAAGCAGCAUGGACAGACACGGUUCUGACGUCCAAGAAACCCAAAUUAGAAAGUCGUAGUGAUUCGCCAGCAUGGAGUUUGUCUGGGAGAGAUGAGAGAGAAACCGGAAGCCCUCCUUCCUUUGACGAAUACAAACUAACAAAAGAAUGGGCAGCGAGUUCCACUUUCAGCAGCGUGUGCAACCAGCAGCCGCUGGACUUAUCCAGCAGUGUCAAACAGAAAGCUGAAGGCACAGGCAAGACUCCAGUCCAGUGGGAAUCUGUGUUAGAUCUCAGUGUGCAUAAAAAGCCUUGUGAUUCCGAAAGCAAGGAGUUCAGAGAGAAUCAUUCGGUGCAGCCAGCCUGUACUGCCGCAAAGAAGAAGAAACCCACCACCUGCAUGCUACAGAAGGUUCUUCUCAAUGAGUACAAUGGCAUCAGUUUACCUACAGAAACCACACCAGAGGUGACCAGGAGCCCAAGUCCCUGUAAAUCCCUAGGUGCACAGCCAGAUUCUGACCUUGGUCCUGACUCAAGUUGCUCUGCCCCUGCUGUUGAGUCCCCACCUGAAGUUGGCCCAUCAUCUCCUGCCCUACAGACGGCUUCCCUGUCCUCAGGCCAGCUGCCUCCUCUCUUGAUCCCCACAGAGCCUUCUUCCCCUUCGCCCUGCCCUCCCGUGUUAACUGUUGCCACUCCACCGCCUCCCCUCCUUCCAACUGUUCCUCUCCCUGCCCCCUCUUCAGGUACCUCUCCUCACCAGUGCCCCUCUCCGCUCUCCAAUGCCACUGCCCAGUCUCCACUUCCAGUUCUUUCCCCAACAGUGUCCCCUUCCCCCUCUCCCAUUCCUCCUGUGGAGCCACUCAUGUCCGCUACUUCUCCUGGUCCACCAACACUUUCCUCCUCCUCUUCCUCCUCUUCCUCCUCCUCCUCUUCCUCUUCGUUCUCUUCCUCUUCGUGUUCCUCCACAUCCCCUUCCCCACCCCCUCUCUCAGCAGUGUCAUCCGUGAUUUCCUCUGGGGAUAACCUGGAAGCUUCUCUCCCUGCAAUAACUUUCAAACAGGAGGAGUCAGAGAGUGAAGGUCUGAAACCCAGGGAAGAGGCCCCAGCUUCAGUUGGACAGAGCGUUGUCCAAGAAACGUUUAGCAAAAGCUUCGUCUGCAAUGUCUGUGAAUCACCUUUUCUCUCCAUUAAAGACCUGACCAAACAUUUAUCUGUUCAUGCUGAAGACUGGCCCUUCAAAUGUGAAUUUUGUGUGCAGCUUUUUAAGGAUAAAACUGGUUUGUCGGAGCAUCGCUUUCUGCUUCACGGAGUUGGGAAUAUCUUUGUGUGUUCUGUAUGUAAGAAAGAAUUUGCCUUCUUGUGCAAUUUACAGCAACACCAGCGAGAUCUCCACCCGGAUGAGGUGUGCACACACCAUGAGUUUGAAAGUGGGACCCUGAGGCCCCAGAACUUCACAGACCCCAGCAAGGCCCACAUGGAGCACAUACAGGGCUUGCCAGAAGAGCCUUUGGAAACCUCCAAAGAGGAAGAGGAGUUAAAUGAUUCCUCUGAAGAGCUAUACACGACCAUAAAAAUAAUGGCCUCUGGAAUAAAGACGAAAGACCCAGAUGUUCGACUGGGUCUCAAUCAGCAUUACCCGAGCUUUAAACCACCUCCGUUUCAGUACCAUCACCGAAACCCCAUGGGAAUUGGUGUGACCGCUACAAACUUCACGACCCACAAUAUUCCACAGACUUUUACUACUGCCAUUCGCUGCACAAAGUGUGGGAAAGGCGUUGACAACAUGCCCGAGUUGCACAAGCAUAUCUUGGCAUGUGCGUCUGCGAGUGACAAGAAGAGGUACACGCCUAAGAAGAACCCGGUGCCCUUGAAACAGACGGUGCAGCCCAAAAAUGGAGUGGUGGUUUUAGACAGCGCCGGGAAAAAUGCCUUCAGACGGAUGGGGCAGCCCAAGAGACUGAACUUUGGUGUUGAGCUCAGCAAAAUGUCUCCGAAUAAGCUCAAAUUAAAUGCAUUGAAGAAAAAAAACCAGCUUGUACAGAGAGCAAUCCUUCAAAAAAACAAAUCUGCAAAGCAGAAGGCUGACCUGAAGACUGCUUCUGAGGCGUCAUCGCACAUCUGCCCGUACUGUAACAGGGAGUUCACGUACAUCGGCAGCCUGAAUAAACACGCCGCUUUCAGCUGUCCUAAAAAACCGCUUUCUCCUUCCAAAAGAAAAGGUUCUCAUUCAUCCAAGAAGGGUGGGCACCCGUCGUCCGUGAGCAGCGACAGGAACAGCAGCAGCAACCCUCGAAGACGGACCGCCGACGCGGAGAUUAAGAUGCAGAGCACUCAGGCACCUUUGGGCAAGACCAGAGCUCGCAGCUCGGGCCCCACCCAAGCUCCACUGCCCUCCGCAUCCUUCAGAUCCAGGCAGAAUGUCAAAUUUGCAGCUUCCGUCAAGUCCAAAAAAUCAAGCUCCUCCUCCUUGAGGAACUCCAGUCCUAUAAGAAUAGCCAAAAUCACUCACAUCGACAGCAAGAGACCCAAAGCUGUUGCCAAGAAUCACUCUGCUCAGCUCUCAGGCAAGCCAUCCCGAAGCCUGCAUAUGAGGGCACAGAAGAGCAAAGCUGUUUUACAGAGCAAGAGUGCUCUGGCCAGUAAGAAAAGAACAGACCGGUUCAUUGUAAAGUCUAGAGAGCGGUGUGGGGGCCCAGUCACCCGAAGCCUUCAGCUGGCAGCUGCUGCAGACCCGAGUGAGAACAGGAGAGAGGACAGCAGUGCCAGACUUGAGCUGAAGGACUUCAGGAACUUCCUGUAGAAAAGCCCCCCAAACAAAACAAACCUUAAUUGACUAAAAGAUAAUGCAUGCUCAACUUAGAAUAAGCACCACGGCAAAGGAUGUGAAAUCUACCAAGCUUGCAAGACCAGUUGAAGCUGACUCAAAGGUCGUAACACACAGCUACUUCCCGCAGGCUUCUUGCCCUGUUUAGAGUCAGGCGUUGGCAUCUUCGGUGGUGCCUUACAUGCGUGCUGGGUUCCUGGGGGAUUGAGAUCCAAAGAGAAGGGCACUAAAGACGAGCCAGAACUGGCUCCUCAUCACCGGACUGGCAGCUCAGAUCUGAGUGUGGCCCCUUGUGUUCAGCACGUAGCAGUUAAGGGAAUGAUUGAACUUAACCUUGCAAAGCAAGUGCUCUGCUUGAUCCAUAGUUCACUGUAGAUUUCAGGGAUGACUGAUCAGAUGCACUCAUUUCAAAACGUUUGCUCACACGCCAGCUCUUGAGCCUUUCUUGUACAUGAAGUAUACACAGAGACAUUUAACUCAUCUCUGCCCCUCCCCCCUUAAAAAAUCACAAGCAGACUGCCAGCAUAAUGUAGAGGAAGCCAGAUUGGAUAUGGACUCUUUUUAUCCCUUGUUCAGUGUCAUGUUUAUAUAUCCAAAUGGACAAUAUCCUCUCAUUAUCUGGCACUAAUCUAUAGUUAUUAUAUUAUGAGAUACUAUGUAGCAAUGUAUCAAUGCACAGAAUGCAUCCCAGGCCUGUAUAGCUGUAGAAUUACAUGUAACUAUGAGUGAAUCCAUACCCCAGGUGUUACACUUCAGUCUAGUAGACAGAAUAGCAUGCUGGCCUCUGCCCAAGUGCCAGCAUCACUUUUCUGUGAAUUUUUAUGCCCCCCCCAAGUAAUGACUGAGUUGGUGGUAAUGGCUGCAUUUUAUUCAUGCUGUUUUUUUGUUCUCAACCUUAAAAGUAAUCUACCUCUUGAAAUUUGUAGCUUAAUACUUGUUCGGUGGAUUUGUGCCACUUUAACCUUUCACUGUCAUUCCCAUUUUGUUACGUUUCUGUUAUGGGGACUUUAUGUUGAAAUACUGUGUAAAGCAUUUGUAGCGGUUUAAAAAUAAAAUAUUUUAAAUUAUUUAAAUUGUUUUGAAUGCUUCAACUGUAUUAUGUGAUUUACGUUUUACAUUUUUGUUUGCAUUGUUAAUCGGGAGAGCAUUGCUGUAUUGAAGUUUGCUGUCAGUUAUUUUAUUGCCUCUUGUUGGAGAGUGCUAUACAGACAUUUAAUGAAACCAUUAAAAUUUACAAUGUGACAUACAAAAGGGGUUGUUCAUUGAUUUUAACCCAUGUAGCCUUGGGAGAGAAUGAGCACAUGACAGAGUUUACUACAGACCCCAGAGUGAUGGCUGUGCUUUUCCCGUUAGCACGGAUGCACCCUUUGCUUCUCAGCUGUCUAAAAGUACUUUUAUGUUGUUAUUGCAAACACCUGAUUAACUAGGGAAGAUACGUUGGAUGAUACGUUUUAUACCAUUGUAACCAAUAAAAACGUUGUAAACACUUGUGAAA